AUGAGCGAGGAAGUCCAACCGACUCAGCCCGCAAAUAUUAGCCGCGAUGGAGAGAAGAUCGCUGACAUGGAAUACUAUGAGCUCUUGGGCGUGCGUGGCGAUGCGACGGAACUUGAUUUAAAGAAAGCGUACCGAAAAGCAGCCAUUCGGAACCAUCCUGAUAAAGGUGGUGAUGAAGAAAAAUUCAAGAUGAUUGGUGAAGCGUAUCGUGUGUUGAGUGAUUCGAACGAGCGUGCUGUCUAUGAUCGAUACGGAAAGAAGAAACCAACCGAUGAGGUGGGGCUCAAGGAGGCAACUGAAAUGUUUGGAAACUUGUUUGGUGGCGAGCGUUUUGUUGAUUUGAUUGGCGAAAUCAGUUUGAUCAAGGACUUUGGGCGUGCGUCUGAGAUUAUGAUGACGGACGAAGAGCGUGAAGAGAUGGAGCGCCAGAUGAACGAGCAUCUAAAGAGCCCCACUACCGAUACAGUGACGGGCGCAUCAGACGAGUCGGGCGAGGCCAAUCCUGCCACAUCAGCGUCAGAGUCGCAAUCGCAGGUGGCGUCGUCCAGUGCAUCUAAAGCUGAGCGGCAGAAACACAAGCUGACUCCUGAACAGCGCAAAAAGCUUGACGAAUUCGAAAAAGAGAAGGUUGAAAAGGAGCAGAAGCGCAUUACAGACUUGACGGAGAAGCUCAAGGAUCGGAUCCGUCCGUUCGUCAAUGCCCGGAAUCCAGGCGCUGAAGACGACAAUGAGACAAAAAUAUUCACGAAACGUAUGCGCGAAGAGGCUGAAGAUCUGAAGCUGGAAUCAUUUGGUGUUGAGUUGUUGCACACAAUCGGCUCUGUGUAUUUGACGAAGAGCAAUACGUGGCUCAAGACGAAGCGCGGGAACUUCUUGGGCAUGCCAGGGUUCUGGAAUCGACUGAAAGAGCGUGGCGGUCUGAUCAAAGAAACGUGGAACGUCAUGGGAAGUGCCGUCAAUGUACAAAUGAGCAUGGAAGAACUGGCACGACGUCAGGAAAAGGGCGACUUGUCUGAAGCGGAAAUGCAGCAGUUGGAGCAGGAUGUGAAUGGAAAAAUGCUCUUGGCCACUUGGCGAGGCACGCGCUGGGAAGUUAAUGGUGUGCUUAGGCGAGUGUGUGACAAUGUGUUGAAUGAGAAGGGUGUGAGUGACAAGGUUCUUAUGCAACGUGCGCGUGCUCUUGCCCUACUUGGUUCGAUCUACAGUGAGGUCGUGCCAGACGAAUCAGACGAGGAGCGUCGUGAGCUGGAGCGUCUCGUUGCUCGUGCAGCGCAGAAAAAGAAGAAGCACAAGGAUUCGUCCUCUCGUCGUGGAUUCUUACGUUUGCACCAUCACGAUCGUGAAUAA